GAGGAGUAUCACCCCCGUAGGCAGCUCAUGGUCGCGGGGGACCAAGUAUGGCACAAGUUUCUGAAGUGGCCGGAGUACAUGGGGCUUAAGGCAGAGCUGCUGAGGGAAGACAGCAGCUUCACGGACCCUGGGCGGACGCUGUUCCUCUCGACGCGGUGUGGGUGUUCAGUGGAACCCAAGGUAUCGAAGUGUGCAUGCCAGACCCACACGCAGCAGGGGAUAGACCUGAAGGCCUUCGAGAUGUUGAUGCCUGCAACACAUGCCAACUGUGACUGCACGUGCAAGUGGUGCGACGGGGGGAGUGGGUGUGGAAAGUGGAUGGCCAUGUGUAAAGAUCUGCACAGCUUUUCUGAGGCUUUGGCUUGCGAGAAGGUAGACUUUCUUGAGGAGGACCGAGGGGGUAGGUUUGAGCACUGGGGCAGGAAGCCCGCAUGCGUUGCGAUGGAAUGCUCCGAAUGCGGGUUUGGCAACCCAGGCGGCAUCCCCAUGAACUGCGAUGCCCUGGGGUCUAUGGCGGACAGAGUAGUCGGGUGGCUUCGGUUCGCGGAUCAAGUCAUGGAGGAUGGGAAAGUGCACAAGAAGCAGCAGCUACCCCAGGGCGGAAAACUGGGUGACCUGUGGCAGGAGUUUGUGGAGCACUCCAAGAAGCGCCAAGCCCACAACAUAUGCCUGGCGACGUUCUCCAAAGGUGCGCUGUUGGUGGAGACCGACUUUAUCGAGAAGUACAAGCACGAGGCUGGCGCUAUCUUGACGUGCGCUACUGCGCCCUCCACGACCAUGAUGGUGGCCCUAGUUCACCACAGUCCUGACGACAACGGCCGGCAUGAGACAGACGCAUGGGUUUUCGUAUCGAGUGAUCCCAAUCAUGACUUCGACUUCCACAUCUACGCCAUGGACAUCAUCCUUCAGUACUACAUCACGGGGGAUGGGCGGGCCGCUACUGCUGGAACCCCGACCCCGACGGUGCACAUCUUCACCGACGGCCCUGACGACAACGGCCGGCAUGAGACAGACGCAUGGGUUUUCGUAUCGAGUGAUCCCAAUCAUGACUUCGACUUCCACAUCUACGCCAUGGACAUCAUCCUUCAGUACUACAUCACGGGGGAUGGGCGGGCCGCUACUGCUGGAACCCCGACCCCGACGGUGCACAUCUUCACCGACGGGUGCGCCAAACAGUACAAGGGGAAGCGCAACUUUCAUGCCGUAGCCAAGAGCUUGCACAGGCUUGGUGCCAUCCUCAUCCACAACUUCGCGGUCACGUCGCACUUCAAAGGCGCCCACGAUGGCAUCGGAGGGUUGCUGAAGGCUCUACUGCGAGAAGCGNUAAGGCUUGGUGCUAUCCUCAUCCACAACUUCGCGGUCACGUCGCACUUCAAAGGCGCCCACGAUGGCAUCGGAGGGUUGCUCAAGGCUCUACUGCGAGAAGCGGAAAAAAGGGGCCAGCGCAUCCACGACACCCAAGCCGCAGCCGACUUCGUCAAAGCCUACGCCGAGGCAAAGGAGGAUGGAGGAGGCCACUUUUCAACCUGGUCUCCCUACCGAAUCAGGAGGUUCCACAUCAAGCUUCUUGGACACCGAGAGAUCCCUCGCCCGUUUGUAGAUUUGACCGGCAUCUCUGGGAGUUCCAAGCUGUACCAGUUCAUGGGAGCGGAGGUCCAGGAGGAGGAAAGCUCGGGCGUGAGCGUAGAGGUGCAGAAAGAGAGCGGGGUUGUGGCUAACCCGCAGAGAUGGCAGGCAGACGAAUCAAUCGUUCGGACGCUUCCGGCUGUCACGAAGCGAUACAAGCUACGCGUUCGCCAGGCGUCGUGCUACUGCUCGAAGUGCAGUGUUGGAGCUUACGACGACUGCGUCCCGGCCAAAAAGUAUUAGGGGAUGGUUGGUAUGGUGAAGGAUGUGUCGGGCAAGCACAAGGUUACUCGGACGUCUUGUGGUGUAGGGAAUUGAGGGGUGUCCGUGUUGCACAUGAUGUUCUGAUUGACGCCUUGUUCUCUUUGAUGUCCUUUUGUUUUUUUGGGUAAUUUUGUUGCAAUAUUUGUACUUUUUUUGCUGCAGUGUGCUGUUCGUUGCAUGUUGCUGUAAUUCAUGUGCAGCAGCAGGUCGUCUCCCUUGCGGUUUGGGAUACCGAAGAAGGGUCUCCAGCAGGAGAAAACAACAUUUGCCGGCGUUGGUGGCUAAUGUUUUCACGGUUUGUCGCCCAAAUGGACAAUAUUUUUCCAAUAUAUGCAAGUAUAUUGUACAACGUACGUUAUUUUCAAGCACGUCGGUGAAAUAAAUGUCCCAUAUAUCACAGGGUAUACUUGUGGUCAAUCUCCGCGGUUGUACGCAUCAAAUAGCCCGAAAACCGCGCUUGAAAAUGGCCCUAAAAAACACGUUUUAUCGCCGUUCUCCAAAGGGGGGGACGUUUUAGCCUCAUCCCCGCUUUUUCUUCCAUACAUUAUGCAGUAUAAAACACUACAAUGGCUGAAACCUCAACAUCCCGACGUCGGGCACUCAAUUUAACCCGCGGAACUGGACCUGCACCCCACCAAAGCACCCUGAUACACUUUUUGGAGCUUUAGUCCUCGAGGAACAUCAUCAACUGGACCACUGCACACCCUAGCGCGGAAACACGGAGACCACGAGGAGACCGGAGAUGGGGGGCACGCGGUGGAGAUGCGGGGUACGAGGUAUUCGUUUUUCGCGCGAGAAAUCCCCCCAUGUGCUUGGUGCUGUGCCCAGCACACGGGAGCUUGUCGUUGCAGAGCGCCGUGGACUUAGCAUUGGCCAGUCGACAGGCAUACCAAGGGAAAGGCCGCGAGCGAGAUAGUCAGCGAGGGGUAGAGAGAAGAGAGAGGGCUCGAGGUGGACGAGGAUAAACAAGAGAGCAGCGAGACUACACAGCACACUUAAAGCUGCUUCGGGGUGCGCAAGUAAUCCUUUUCAAUGACGCCGCGCUUGACUACGAUCGCACUUCUCUGCUGCGCCGUAGGUUGGCGGUAUACACCCACGCUAGAAGCAGACGCCUUCGUUGCGCCACCCCUGGUAGUCGACAACCGUGGCGGCGUGGCAGCAAGGAGCCCUCAGCGCCAACUCGAAUCAUCAUCGCCAGGCGAGAGGCAUGCAGCACCAACGGCGGCGAGACCCGCGGGAACGAGGAAUCACGGCGAGCAGCGGCAGCGGC